AUGGAUUGGCAAACUGGCGGUGGAGGCUAUGGUGCUGCGGCCACCCCCUACCAGCCCUACUACCAGCAGGAGGAGGGCAGCGAUGAAGAGGAGGGGGCGAGCCUGUACGAGGAUGAGCACCAAGAGGAAGAAGAUGAGCAGGCACCGCAGGUGACAAAGCAGAACUUCAAGGACCUGCUGCAGCAGUACGACCACAUGCUUGUGGCCCAAGGCGUUCUGCCGGCCUUUAUGCUCGAAAGCCAGCAGGGCGCCCUGCCAGCGGAUCAACAACAGGACACCUAUGAAAGCGAAGAAGAGUACAGCGAUCUCGAGGAUGGAGAGCCAGUACAGGAAGAAGAAGUUGAGGAAGGUGAGGCACAAGCGACAGCAGAAGCAUCCACGCUGCAGCACGGAGGCCCCACGGCGGAUGCCCUGGGCGCCUGGGUGAGCGCGUACCAACCCCGCACCUUCAGCCAGAAGAAGCGAAACGCGCGCAGAAGCGCCAAGAGCGAAGGUCAGCUGCCCGGACCGCUGGGCCUGCCUCCCUAUCUCGAGGUGGAGCGCAAGAUCCUCCACUCGCUCUGGAACAUCGAGAGCGGCGCGUCGUCCGAAUCUGCCUUCCGCUUGGUCUACUCUUGGCUGGCCAGCUAUUCGCAGGUUCACCCGUCCGAGUUCGGGGAGCAUGUGGACCUGUUCCACCUGUACUUCAAUCUCCUGCUCAACGGACCGGAACACAAGGAAGAUGACCCUCAACACCAGCACCAGCACCAGCACCCUGUGCCGGCACAGACUGCUCACGAAUCGACGUUGAAGCCUUAUCGACACCCGCAGGAGGGACCCACCCGACUCCCUGUUGACGAUCAGCUCCAGGAGCUGGCACACAUCGCCGCGAUCAUCUCCAAGGAUCGUCAAAUCCGAGCCUAUUGCCACAGACAAGGCUGGGCGUUGGGAUGUCUCGAGCUGUUGCAGCGCUUGCCCACAGCCGGUGAGCAAAGCGACGAAUUCACCGGUGCUGUGGUCAACAUCGUAUCACUGCUUCUGCAGGACGGCGUGAGCGUGCUUGAGCUCCGCAAGCUCUUCCGCACCAUCCUCAUCCUCAACGAACGACCCCUCAAGUCUGUCGGUGCACCGCGACUAUUGGCGCAAGUCGGCAAGUUGCUCACCUAUCACCAUGGACCCACCGCGUACUUCGAGUUCAACGCUGCCACCACAGAAUCGGGGUUGCUACUGCCCAGCAUCAACCAGUGGCCGAUCAACGGCUACACGUUCAGCACGUGGCUGUGGGUCGACUCAUUUUCGGAUCCUUCGGGCAAACCGCUCGAGUACUUCCCCUAUCUGUUUAGCUCGAAGGCGCUGGUGUUCAAGACCUUCUGGAAGUCGAAGAAGGGAGGCGACAACUCGCGCAUACUCUUGCCCCUGGACAAGCUCACCUUCGAGCCCAAGAAGUGGUACUUCAUGACGCUCAUCCACACGCGCGGGAGCUUCGUGCACGGGAGCACGGUCGACCUGUACAUAAACGCACACAAGGUCUGCUCCGCGGCCCUCUCCUAUCCUCGGUUCGAAGAAGCUUUCGCGCUCUGCACGGUGGGUUCGCACAUUCAAGGCGGGCAAGAGGGCACAGGCAGACCGGGCAGAGGCGGAGAAUUCGCCGCCUUCCAUUCCUACCAAUUCCACGGCAGGAUGAGCGCCUUCAUGUUCUUCGACGUGCCGCUGCAAGCCGCCGACGUGAAGCACCUCUACGUCAAUUGCUACCGCAACGACUUCCUCUCCCUGAUCACCAAGACGGAGCUGGCCUCUAAAGUCUUCAUCGGCUACGCGCCUCGCGCGACCGCUGGCAAGAACGCGUACCUCGAAGUGUUGCCAUCGCUCCGACCGGUGCCAUCCGCUGAGGUGCCUUCCCGCGCGCAGAAGAGAGCGGAGGCGAUGCCGGGCACCAGCGUCGGCCCGUUCCAUAUCGCACUGCAGCAGGGGCUGAACCACGUCCUCAAGGGAGUCCCGUUUGUGCUGAUGCUCUUGUACAAGCUCUGCACGGCCUCCGCCUCUUCGUCAGCCGUAGCGCCCUCGAAGAUGGACACCGCGCAACAGGCCAACUUGCAGAUAACGAUCGAGUGUUUCCUCGAUGUGAUCGGCUUGCUUGGCCGCGUAUUGAGGUACGAUGGCACUCUGCAGUCCAUUGCCGACGUCGGGCUGGUCGCCUCACCGGCGCUGACCAACCCCCGCGCCCUCUACAGGGAGGAUCUCAAGAAUGCCGAGCGGGAGCUGCUGUCGCACGAAGGCUUCACCAAGCUCGCGGCGGUGCUGAGUCGCAUCUCGCCGAGCGUGUGGAACGCCCCGCAGCAGAAGGCACUCGACGCCCUCUACACGCUCACGCAGGCCGUGGCCAAGGUCGGUCAGGUGAGCGACGAGAUGUUCAAGCGCAUCUACCUCAACUUCGAUAUUUGGAUCUACACCAGCAGCUUCACCCAACACGCGCUGCUCGACCUCAUCACGACACACGUCGUGCAGCAGCCUCAGGUCUUGUCUCCUCUCUGCAUGCAUUACAAGAGGCUGAUAGGCAUCAAGGGCGUGCUGGACAUCCUGCGCAGCUACUACUGGUAUGCCGACCGACCCGGACGCAGCUACCUCGAUAGGUCGCCGCCCGGUGAUGGUGGCACCCCCACGCCCAGGCACCUCCGUAAGAGAAGGCGACUCUCGGCGGACGAAGUCAAAGGCUUGCGUCAGCGGUUGCUUUCCUGGAUUCAGGUGUUCAUCCAGACACGCGAGACGCCCGCCCUUCAGUCCAACGAGAUGCUGGAGGACGUGAGGAGCAUCUUCACCUAUAUUCAGUUCAUCGCAGAGCAGGACCCGCUGCAGCUGCUCGAGCUGCUGCCGCUGCUGUCGUCACUGCUGCGCAAGAACGCAGCCAAGCUGAGCGACAUCAACGUGAUCAUACAGAGCGCGGGAUCCGCGGCACAUGGGCGGAAUGACAAGCAUCCGGCCGAGAGCAACAACGAUGAUGGCUUCGCGUAUGGCGGGCAGAUCGCGCACUGUCUCAUGCAAGCGACCGGCAAAUCGGGUCUGAACGCUUUCAUCGGGCUUCUGACAUGCACGGAGGACGAGGCCGUGCGUGUGUGGAUUCUUCGCGUACUCGGAGACAUGCUCAACUGCCUGAACGAGGACAAGAAAUUGCACCUUCUCUCGGGGCGCACCCUGCACCUGGACCCCUCGCAGCUCGCCAUCAUCAAGGCCCACUUGCAGAGCUCGCCCAUGACUCCCACAAUCUAUGCGGCGUUGAUGUCGCUGUUGUUGGGCAGCGAGACGGCCUACGAGGCCAUAUCGUCGCCCCCGAGCUUCUCCCCCAUGCGCCCGUCGUUCUCCCCGCGCCACACGUCAUCGCCCUUCGGCGGCGACCACUCUGGCGGGGCCGCCCCACCGUCGCCCUACUCGCCGCUGCCGCCGCUGCCGCCCAAGAAGUCUGCCGGCGCCACCCUCAACAAGAAAGUCGGCGGGGAGAAUGGCCACUUCAAGAACGCGGGCGUGAUCCCGAUCAUCUUCGAGCUGGUGGUCGAGGGCGGCCACUCCGACCCCGAGCUUCACACGGCGCUCCUGCGCGACUUCCUAUUCCUGCUGGUCCAGUCGCAGCGCAACCGCGCCGACUUCCUCGAGUCGUCGCUCAUCGGCCCGGCCGGCGGGGCGACCCACUCCCGAAACAUCGGCACGUGGCAGUGGAAGGCCUGGCUCUUCGGCCUGCUGGGCAAGAACAACGCCCUCUUCCCGCAGAUCCUCGACUUCUUCGUCACCCUCCUCAACCACGUCAUCUCCGUCGCCUCGCUCUCGUCGUCAUCCCCCUCCUCGCCGUCAUCGGCCGCCGCCGCGACCCGGCAGGCCAAGAGUCACCUGCGCGAGACGCAGUCGCUGUGUAAAUACUUUGGCGAGAAGGGCGGAUUCUUCGACUGGACCGACUUCUGCGGCCACCUGCACAAGCGGCUGCUCUCGCUCACGGCCCACGCCGUCCGCGCGUUCGACCCGCAGGGGCUGCUGAACUCGCUCGCCUCCUCCGCUCCCCCUGGCGUCGCGGAUAUCGCCGGCGAGUUCGCGCUGCUGGGGGCCGGUGGCGGCGAGGCCAGCGGAACGCCGCCGCUGCCCCCGCGGCCUGGGGCUCGGCCCGGCCGCUCGACCAGCGCCACCCACUCGCUACCGCGCACGACGCACCACCAGCAAGAGGCCACCAGGCGCGAUCUCGAGCGCGAGAAGGAGAGGCGAGAGCGCCAGUUGACCUUCCGUACCUGCUACCUGCCCAACACCGCGUUCGUGUCACAUAAGGAGAAGGAAGCCGAGGAGGUUGCGUCGGUCGUGCGCGCGACGAACUGGCUCACGUGGCUCAAGCUAGUGGAGGAGUACAUCUUCUACUCGCCCUCGCCUUCUGCCGUCCCCCUGCCUCAGCAGAUUGACCCGUUCUUUCAGGCCUUGCACUACAACGAAGACGGCCAAUGGGAAGACCUCCGGUUCGGCCAGGAGACGCUCAAGCUGAUCGAUUCAUUUACCCAGAAAAUCGACCAGUGGCGGAGCGGCUACGGAGCCACACCCAACCCGAGCGUGGAGAAGAUAUAUAAGAAGCUCCAGGCCUUCAACGAGCGAUUCGCCGUGCGCCUUUCGCUCACCACUCUGCACGAGGCCGACUGCUCGUUGAUCAACGAGAAGGAGACGAUCGGCGUUGGCUCGCUCGAGAGCCUGGAGUCGAUCGUGCGAAACGAGGUGGCGUCCGGCCGUGGCCUGUCUCCCGACGCGCAGGAUGCCAUUCUCACCGCCACUGCAGACUACCUGGCCCUCAAGCGACACGACCUCUACACGCGCACGCAAGAGACCGAGCAGAUCUACCAGGGCUGCAUCGAGCGACUGGGCUGGCGAUUCGUGGGUGCGGAAUCACAGUAUGAUCUCAAUCCGCUGCAGGGCAUUUUGGCCAGGUAUUUCGUGAUUGGGUUCCUCUUCCGGGCGAUGAAGCACUCGCACGAGAACAGCGGAGGCCGCGGAGCCAAGAUCAUCCUCCCGCUGUUCAAGAGUCUGCUGAUCGACCUCAAGCACCGGUGCCUCGGGUUCACAUCGGCCGAACUCGACGAGCAGCAGCAGCAACAGCUGGACCCCGAGCAGGCCCGAGCGCAGCAGAUGAUCGAGCAGAGCAAGCAGGUGUUGGAGCAGCUGGACGACGAGAGCCUGCUGCCCUACUUCAUGCAAGGCCUCGCAUCUGGCUCCUCAGGCACUUGCCUGCCCUCUUGGCUCUGA